UCAGUUCUUUUUGAAACCAUUUCACCGAUUUGUCGUGAUUGGCAUGUAUUGUUCUCCCGUAGCGGCAGUAAUGAUUUAUUAGCAGUGGUACGCAUUCUGUUACACUUAUUCGACAGUAGUCGUGAGAGGGGAAAGUUGUUCAAAUCUCCGAGAAAUAUUUUCAUCGGUCGACACACUACUCGUUCUCUUGUUAGUAAGCACUCCGCAGCUUGUAGCGAUUAAGAUAUCAGCUUUUGGAUACUCCCGUGACAUGUCUUCUUUUAUCAUUGUUCUGGUCCUUGUUUCAUUCCAAGUCUUCUGUGAUGGCGCUCUUGGUCGUGCAAGCGUACCACUGCGUCGUUUUUCCGAUUACUCGCCACUGUUCAAAGAGUACAGAGUAGAAAAACGUACAGUGAACCAAUAUGCCUGUGUUCGAGCUCAUAAUGCCAAGCGUGCUCUUCAUGAGGACACAUCAGAGCUUGUCUGGGACGCUAAGCUGGCAGAGGACGCGCAGGCCUGGGCUGAUCACUUGGUCAGGUUAGGACAUAUGGUACAUUCAUCAGUUCCUGAUCAAGGGGAAAAUCUGUAUAUGUCCUGGUCAAAGGCUCCAACAGCCGCUACGUGCUCACAAGCAGUGCAAGCUUGGUACAAAGAAAUAAAGGAUUACAAAUUUGACAAACCUGGAUUUGCUCAUAACACUGGUCAUUUCACACAGUGGUACGCAUUCUGUUACACUUAUUCGACAGUAGUCGUGAGAGGGGAAAGUUGUUCAAAUCUCCGAGAAAUAUUUUCAUCGGUCGACACACUACUCGUCCUCUUGUUAGUAAGCACUCCGCAGCUUGUAGCGAUUAAGAUAUCAGCUUUUGGAUACUCCCGUGACAUGUCUUCUUUUAUCAUUGUUCUGGUCCUUGUUUCAUUCCAAGUCUUCUGUGAUGGCGCUCUUGGUCGUGCAAGCGUACCACUGCGUCGUUUUUCCGAUUACUCGCCACUGUUCAAAGAGUACAGAGUAGAAAAACGUACAGUGAACCAAUAUGCCUGUGUUCGAGCUCAUAAUGCCAAGCGUGCUCUUCAUGAGGACACAUCAGAGCUUGUCUGGGACGCUAAGCUGGCAGAGGACGCGCAGGCCUGGGCUGAUCACUUGGUCAGGUUAGGACAUAUGGUACAUUCAUCAGUUCCUGAUCAAGGGGAAAAUCUGUAUAUGUCCUGGUCAAAGGCUCCAACAGCCGCUACGUGCUCACAAGCAGUGCAAGCUUGGUACAAAGAAAUAAAGGAUUACAAAUUUGACAAACCUGGAUUUGCUCAUAACACUGGUCAUUUCACGCAGGUUGUCUGGAAAGGAACUAAAGCAGUUGGAGUCGGUAUUGCAACAACUUCAGAACCGGAUAACAAGGGCUUCUACAAAAGCUAUGUAGUGGCUCGUUACUUCCCACCAGGGAACUAUGUAGGCCAGUUUGAAAGCAACGUUGGCAAAAGGCUUUAAUGGGCUUAGCUGACUCAUUGGAGAUGUUAUAAUGCAUCCUCAAGAUUUAUAAAAUGUACGCUGAGCACUUGUGUAGUAGUAGACGUCAGUGGUGGUAGUAGUAGUAAUAGCAGCAGCAGCAUUUGUGGUAGUAAACAAAAAAUUAACUGAAGCCCAUGACCACUAUGCAUACACGCACAUUGUCGACUGGUGGCUGCUGAAUAACCUAUGUAGCUUUCAUUACCUUAUUUCGUGUACUGUGAUAAAGUUGAUUAGCUUAGUUUUUAUUUACACAUCUCUGCUUGCGCUCAUAUUUAUUCAAUUAACUGUACUGAUUUAUCCAUAUUGAUCAUGAUUUAGUUGUAGCAUUUUAAUUUCUUCUCUUCGUGUUUCAACGUAUUUCAAUUACUCGAAAUAAAGUUUUCUUUGUUAACGUCCGUUAUAGAGUUCGUAGCUAUGAGUCUUUUGACUUACGACGCAUGCGUUUGUGAGCAGUGGCUACUGCACAGCAUUGAUUAAGCCUGGUGUUCCUGGGCUCAAGUGUUUUGAUCAGAAAGGGGAGGUCAAGAAUUAGUUAAUUAUUAUGUAAAAUAACAUUUUAUUUGGAGGUUGGAUGGUGCAGAUGGCUUUGUGCCCCGUGGGAGCUACUCCCUUAUAUGGGCUACAUAGGUAUGUGCGACCCAAAAGGGUAUGGUUUUUCAGCCGUUUUGCUCAUAAACAGGGUAUCGAUUUGGGCUAUUUUGGUCUUAAAUAUGGUAUGGUUUUUGCGCUCUAGUCUCUAAUUAAGUUUGUUGUUUAGAAGAAGCUACUAUUUCAUCAUUAUCGAUAAGACCAUAAACGAAAGCCCUUCCAAAAUUAAGUUUAUAGGGCAACUGUGUCAGCCGCAACGGUCAUAAAUAAGGUAUCGAAUUUUUGGUCUGGUCAUAAAUAGGGUAGGGAAAAUAGCAGAUAUUGGUCAUAUGUAGGGUAAGGGUUUUGGGAAGCGGGCCGCAUACCCU